AUGCAGGAAGCUUCACGCGUCGAUCCUUCGAUUACUGCUGUUGGCAAAUUCAUCGAAGACAACUCGCGGCCUUGCGCCAAUUUACCGGCAUCACUGCUUCCGUUUUACCGCUGUCGAGAUGAGCUUUCCUCCGUGGACGGACUACUACUACGAGGAGAUCGCAUUGUCGUUCCUCAGGCUGUGACUGACCGGCUCUUGGCAUCUGCUCAUGACACCCAUUGUGGUAUUGUCCGCACGAAGCAGAGGUUGCGAGAAUACUGCUGGUGGCCAGGCAUGGAUUCUCAGGUGGAAAAGAUGGUACGAUCAUGCUCUGUCUGCCAGGCUUGCGAUAAGUCCGCGAAGACAGCCCAACAAACUCUUCAUCCAGUACCAUUCCAUGAAGCACCGUGGUCGAAGCUGGGAUUAGACAUCGUUGGACCGUUUGAGCAGAACCCACAGCCGUAUCGCUGUGCACUUACUCUGGUGGAUUAUCACAGCAAAUGGCCUGAAGUGUCUUUCUCAUCCACCGUUACAGCGAGGACAGUAACUACGUUCUUGCAACAUCUCUUUAGCCGUGAAGGAUAUCCGUACGAAGUUGUCACAGACAACAGGCCACAAUUCAUCGCAGUCGCAUUUGAAGACUUUCUUCGCAGUUGUGGAAUACGUCAUACUCUGGUAUCGAUCUACUACCCACAAGCCAACGGCCAAGUUGAGCGUUUUAACCGCGCCCUCAAGGACAUCGUGCAAAUCGCCGCUAAUGAAAACAAGCCGCUUGGGACCACCGGGCCGGAGUAUCUGACAUGUCGACACCCCAUGCAACUACUGGAGUUUCACCGUCGGUGCUUCUACACGGCCGCAACCUAA